AUGAGCAACGGCAAGUUCGAGCAUGUCCCGCUCUCAACAUCUGGACCCCAAGAAUGUGCUCUGAUCGGAAAGGCUUUGUUGACUACACCAUAUCUGAACAAAGCAUCGGCUUUCUCGGAAGAUGAGCGCAAGCAAUUCGACCUGGGAGGUCUGCUACCUUCUCGGGUCAACACUCUCGAGGAGCAGGUGAGACGUGCAUACGAUCAAUACCAGACUCACAAGACACCGCUCGGCAAGAACACAUUCAUGACCAGCAUGAAAGAGCACAAUGAAGUGCUGUACUAUCGACUCAUCCAGGAUCAUCUGAAGGAGAUGUUUCCUAUCAUAUACACUCCCACCGAAGGCGAUGCAAUUGCGGACUACAGCAGACUAUUCAGACGACCCGAAGGUUGCUUCCUGGAUAUCACGAAGCCGGAGAACAUCGAGCAGGCGCUUGAUAGGUGGGGUGGGCCGGAUGAUAUUGAUGUGAUCGUCGCUAGCGACGGCGAGCAGAUCCUGGGUAUCGGUGGUCAGGGGGUGGGAGCCGUCUUGAUAAGUAUUGCAAAGCUUGUAAUCUACACGCUGUGCGCCGGUGUACAUCCCUACCGCACACUGCCGGUGGUCCUUGACGUCGGAACCGACAAUCAAGAGCUUCUCAACGACGAUCUAUACCUUGGAGUUCAGCGACCACGAGCUCGCGGCGAAGAGUACGAUGCCUUUAUUGAUAAGUUUGUGCAGGCCUGCCGGAAACGAUACCCAAAGGCGUACAUUCAUUUCGAAGACUUUGGUCUUGCGAAUGCGAGGCGGAUUCUGGACAAGUACACACCACAAAUCGCCUGCUUCAACGACGAUGUCCAAGGCACUGGCUGCGUAACUUUGGCCGCCAUAUACGCCGCUGCACAUGUCGCCAAGCUGAAGAUCAGCGAGCUGCGUUUCGUCAUGUUUGGCUCUGGAUCUGCUGGCACGGGUAUCGCAGACCAAAUCCUCGAUGCAAUCUCCGUUGAGAGCGGCAAGUCGAAAGAAGAAGCCGUAAAGCAGAUCUACUGCGUCGACAAGCCUGGCGUCCUCCUCCAAAGCUUCAAAGACGAUCUCACUCCAGCCCAGCACCCUUACGCCAAAGCCGACGAGGAGUGGAAAGAUUCCGAUCACAAGUCCCUCCUCGACGUUGUCAAGAAGGUAAAACCACACGUUCUGAUUGGAACCAGCACCAAGCCCAAAGCCUUCACAAAGGAUGUCGUUCAAGAAAUGGCCAAGCACGUCGACCGACCCAUCAUAUUUCCACUCUCAAACCCCACCCGCUUCCACGAGGCCGAUCCCAAAGACCUCUUCGAAUGGACCGAUGGUAAAGUCCUGACGGCUACCGGCUCCCCCUUCCCACCCGUUGAAACCAAAGACGGCCGCAAGCGAGAGAUUGCCGAAUGUAACAACUCCACGACUUUCCCUGGUAUAGGCCUCGGUGUCAUCCUCUCACGCUCAAAGCUUUUGACGAAAGAGAUGCUUGUCGCAGCCGUCAAGGCUUUAGCAGCACAGGCACCUGCCCUCAAGGACCCUGAUGCAGGGCUGCUGCCCGAUAUUGAGAAUGUCAGGGAGAUUAGCAUCAAGAUCGCAGCUGGGGUUAUCAAGCAGGCUGUCAAGGACGGUUUGAAUCAGGAGAAGAAUAUACCGGAGGGCGAGGAGGAUCUGGAGGAGUGGAUCCGAGAGCAGAUGUGGGUGCCCGAGUAUCGUGCGUUGAAGAAGGUGGAUAGGGAGAAUGCUAGUGCGGUCGCGAGGGGUGAGAGCGGAAGCAAGGGUGUCGGGAAAGUUGAUGCUUAG